AUGGCCGGCCUCGUUCAUCAGGUCACCGGCCUCUCCCCUCGGCCGCGCGCCGCCCAUGGGAGCUCCGGCGCCAAUGGCCAGCACCGGGUGGUAGUGCGCGCCGGCCGGGCGCGUCCCGGUAGGGCCGUCGCGGCGGCGCACGUGGCCGCCGGGCCCAGGUACUGCCGGCUCCGGGUCGCGGCUUCUUCCAUCGCCGUCCCUGAUACCAGCAACCAGCUUGUUGAGCAGCAACACGUUCGCCCCGGCAACACUACAUCGAACCAGCUCAUUAGCACCAUCAGGGAGGACAAGUUCUUCGAGAUCGAGAUGAAGGUCCUGGACGACGAGCUCGACGAGUACGGCGUCGUCAGCAACGCCAUCUACGCCAGCUACAUCCACAGAGGUCGUGCCGUGUUACUCCAGAAGCUGGGCUUCAGCACGGACUACUGGACAUCCACAGGCAACGCCAUGGCUCUGUCAGAGUUGAACCUCAAGUACUUCGCACCUUUGAGGAGUGGCGACAGGUUCCUUGUCAAGGUGAAGCCUGUGCAAAUCAAAGGCGUGCGAAUCUUCGUCGAGCACAUGAUCGAGACCCUACCGGAUCGUAAGCUCGUAUUGGAAGCCAGAGCGACCGUCGUUUGCCUCAACAAAGACUUUCGUCUAACUCGGGUGCUCCCAGAGUUAUCUGCAAGAUUAAUGGAGGUCUUCUCUUGCAAGGUUGCCUAAAAGGUUAAGGGUGCAAUAUUGAACAGCAAAGAAGAAGAAGAGGACUGAAGAUGCUGCAGACUACUUUCACGAUAGAUCAUAGACCUUCUAUGCUGCACGCCAUGGUGUAUGUGGCCUGGUUCGAUUCAAUUCGUUUUGCUACAUUUUGUAUCUGCAAUGUACGACGUUCAUAUAAAUGAGUCUCAAUCUCAACAAUGCGAACUCGAACCAGAAUUUAA